AUGCUAGUGUUCAAGAGGUUUGCUUCCAGCACUGGAGCAAAGACAGUCUUAGAUGAGUUUUUCACUUACCAUACAACGAAUGCAGCGUUGAAACCAUGGAUAUACCGUCCCAAGAAUGCCAAUAUUCUCUUGACGAUGGACUUGAAGGACCCAGUGACAAAGGCACCGAUCAAACCACGUAAAGCGGUGCCUACGGUGGCACAGAAAGUGUUAAAUGACUACGUUGCAUCGAUACAGCCGGGCUCGAACGAAUUGUUGGAAUGGGUGAGAAACUGGACUUCUGUCACAACGAGGAAAAAGGCUUUGUGGAAUUACAUUUCCGGCUCGCAUCUCCAGAAUAUCCUCGUCAGUUCUUUCUUCCGAGUGGGGUUCUACACACAGGUUGUGGGUCUCUUAUACUCUCGCAGACGCGACUUCGUCAAAGCUGGUAACAAGACGGCGUUCGAUGUGGAGCAUUUCUUUAACACUAUCAUAAUGUGCAGUCUGCACAGAAAUGCUUACAAGUGCUUGCGCGACAAGGAAGUUGCCAAAAAAAAGCUUGAAAAUGCCUGGAGACAAGUCUCCAACAGGGCUAACCACACCGGCCUCGCCAAUGCCUUGAUAAAGACGUAUUGCAAGCAGCAGGGUCUUGAGACGGUUCCGGUGCUGGAACAGUUGGCGGAAACCGAAAUCAAGCUGGACCAGCCGGCGGACAUCGCAACCGCGGCCGAUGGCGAACUGGCGGCAUUCGUGUUUGCAAACAAGAACAAGUAUCUGGUCGCCAGGACGAUCCAGGAGUUCAGCGAAGCUCAAGACGUCGACCCCAAGAUUUCUCAGUUUGUCCAGGAUUACCAGGCCGUAUGCCAAAAGCUUGGCAAAGAGGACCUCUACGACUUGUACAAGAGUUCAAUGGCCGAAACGUUCGCGGCAAACCAGGACAGCACCAAACAGGAAGCUCCCGAAACCGCUAACGCCUAA